AUUCUUGAGCUCUCUUCACCAAAACCCUAAGUUUUCAGUUUCUUCUCAUGGUAUCAUAGCCUGGUUGGCUCUAGGCUCUAGAUCCAACCAUUUUUUUUUUCGUUUCCCCUUUCGCAAAUUUCAAGUUUCCACGAUGUCUGGUGCUGAUGAAUUUGUUGCUGAUGAAGUCGCUGCAACAAACGAUGAAGUUCUUUCUGCAAAUGAUGAAACCCUACCUCGGACGCCGCCGCCGAGAAAUCAACGCGUGAAUGCUUUUGUUCCGCCGAUCAUUCCUCAUUAUGACGACCCUUACCUUAAUCCUUACUAUCUUCCUGCUCACGAUGGUGCUCUGACCACCAUCAUCUCAAUGAAACUCACGGAUCAAAAUUACAACCUCUGGAGUCAGGUAAUGGAACUAGCUCUCAGUACUAAGAACAAGCUGCAAUUUGUGAAUGGGUCUAUACCAGUUCCAGAUCCAGGGGAUCCCAUAUGGCAGUCUUGGCAUCGAUGUGAUAGCACUGUUAGGUGCUGGAUUUAUAACUCUCUUUCUGAGGAUAUUGCACAUAGUGUAGUUCCAUAUAGAAUUGCUAAGGAUGUUUGGGACAAUCUUAAGGAUCGUUUUAGUCAAGCUGACUACAUCAGGGUGUAUGAAUUGAAGGAGCAGAUAGGAAAAUUGGUUCAAGGAGAUCAGACAGUGACACAAUAUUACACUGCACUCACUACCAAAUGGCAAGAGUACAAAAUGUAUCGGCCUGUUACUUGUUGUCCUUGUGCAAAUAGUCCUUUCUUUACCAUUCAGCGCUAUGAAGAGCAAGAUUUCAUUAUCAAAUUUAUGCAAGGUCUCAAUAAUGUCUAUCAAACAGCUCGUACCCAAGUGCUAAUGAACUCUCAGCUGCCCAGCAUUGAGUCAGUCUUCAAACAAAUGAUUCAGUUAGAGAGACAGAUGAAGGGGGUCGGAGCUGGUAAAGGACGAGUUGAAUCCUUGGCUCUUCUUGCUGCUGGCCAACAAAGACCUGGACAGCAAGGAUCAUGUGGGCACCAAGGUCAGCAAAGAGCUGGACAACAAGGUCAGCCUAGUAAGAACCCCAGAGACUACACUCCUGAAGGGAAGAAGUGGUGUAGGUUUUGCAAGAAGGAAUUUCACACAAUUCAAGAGUGUUUCAAACUGAAGAACAAGCAGAACAGAGAAGGGGGAGGUGCUUCUUUUGCUGGUUCAGUGGACUCAAAUAUGACUGAUGGAGGAAGUUCCAUUUCAUCAGGUCAUGGUAGGACUGAUUCAGACUUGUCUCUAACAAGUCUGUUAACUGCUUCACAGUUUGAGAAGCUGAAGCUUAUGUUGGGAAGUGGUUCACCCUUUCCUUCACCUUCUCCACCAACAUCUCCUCAUAUGCAGCAUUCAGCAGCUAUGACUGCAAGAGGGGGUCCUUCUGUCAAUGCUGUCCAUUGAUCAAAUGCACCAUCCCAUUUCUCUGCAGCUACCUCAGGUAAGGUUGUCUGUUCCAGUGUUCUUAAUCCCACAGUUUGGAUUCUUGAUACUGGAGCCACAGAUCACAUAAUCUGUGACAUCAAUUCCUUCCUGAAAUGCAAACCAAUAGAGCAUAUACAUGUGAAUUUGCCAAAUGGUCAGCAGGUAUCUGCAACUCAUAUUGGAAUUGUCACCUUGCCUUGUGAUUGUUUCUCACUCAAGUCCUCUUUGUUCCUAGCUUUACUUACAACUUGGUUUCUGUUAGUAGAUUGACCCAAAAUCAUCCAGUCUCCUUAUUUUUUAAAUCCAAUUUUUGUGUCAUUCAGGACCUUAUUACUCGGAGGAGGAUUGGUUUAGCCCAAGUGGAUAGAGGUCUUUACCUGUUUUCAGAGUCCAAGGGUCAAGUGUUUGAUGAUACUAAGGAUUUCCCCAGUAUAGCAACAAGAGCUUUCAACUUUCAGAGCCAAGAUUUCAAUAUCUGGCAUGCCAGAUUAGGCCAUCCUUCUUUGUCUAGAUUGAGAGAAGUUAAGAAUCAUUGUUCUGAUGUAACUCUUCCUUCCAUUAAACACUGUGAUGUUUG